GAGCUCCUGUUGGUCGUGGCAGCCGUCCGUCUGCCGCUAUCCCCGCCUCAAUACGGAGGCUGCUGGGUACUAGGAAGCGACCGCGGGUGGGCCAGGGUCAUGGGGCAGCCGUGGGUGGCGGGGAGCGCGGAGGGGGCGCCUGCGCGGCUGCCUCUUGUGAUCCCGGCGCUGUGGGCCGCGGCCGUGGCCCUGGAGCUGGCCUACGUGCUGGUGCUGGGACCCGGGCCGCCCCCGCUGGGACCGCUGGCCCGGGCCUUGCAGCUCGCCCUUGCCGCCUUCCAGCUGCUCAACCUGCUGGGCAACGUGGGGCUCUUCCUGCGCUCCGAUCCCAGCAUCCGAGGCGUGAUGCUGGCUGGCCGCGGGCUGGGCCAGGGCUGGGCUUACUGCUACCAGUGCCAGAGCCAGGUGCCGCCACGCAGCGGGCACUGCUCCGCCUGCCGCAUCUGCAUCCUGCGCCGGGACCACCACUGCCGCCUGCUGGGCCUCUGCGUGGGCUUCCACAACUACCGGCCCUUCCUGUGCCUCCUGCUUCAUGCUGCUGGCGUCCUGCUCCACGUCUCAGUGCUGCUGAGCCCUGCACUCUCAGCCCUGCUGGGAGCCCACACCCCCCUCCACGCUGCCACACUCCUCCUGCUGCCCUGGCUCAUGCUGCUCACAGGUAGGGUGUCUCUGGCGCAGUUCGCCCUGGUCUUCGUGACGGACACGUGUGUGGCGGGUGCGCUGUUGUGCGGGGCUGGGCUGCUCUUCCAUGGGAUGCUGUUGCUGCGUGGCCAGACCACGUGGGAGUGGGCUCGGGGCCAGCACUCCUAUGACCUGGGCCCGUACCACAACCUGCAGGCGGCCCUGGGGCCCCGCUGGGCCCUCGUCUGGUUCUGGCCCUUCCUGGCCUCCCCCUUGCCUGGGGACGGCAUCUCCUUCCAGACCCCAGCUGAUGGGGGACCUGUGGCUUCCUGACUGCAGGAAGGGCUCAAACUGUACUGGGGGAUAGGGAGUGGGCUGGCCCUUAAUGCCUGCGGCUGCUCCGGAAAUAAUCCAAGCUGCUGCCCCAGCCAGCUUGAGUUGGAAAUUUGGGAUCCAUUUGGCAACUCCAGCCCCUUCCUUCGCCUUGGCCGUGCCCCUGCCCUGCUUGGACCCCUACCCGUCAAGGGCUGGGGCCCUGUGGCUCUGCCUCUGUUAGUGGCCCCAAGUGCUCUGGAGGGUCUGGGAAGGGCUGCCUGGCCAGCCUCGCUGCCUCUUUACCAGGCUAAUAAAGCGCCCACUUAGUUCUUGUCCUCCCUCCGUCUUGGCUUGGUUUCUGGCCCUUGGUUUUGUUGCCUCGGCUACUGUUUCUGGC